AGCUAGUUCUUGACAAAAAAACGUUGUGUGUUUUUUUCCUCGGUUAUCCGUCAAGCUGUAAACGUUGAUCAACGACAAAAAAAACCGCGAUAUCUGCAAUAGUAGCUGCUUGUCACGCAUAGUCAAUCAUGAAUCCCGAAUAUGACUAUUUAUUCAAACUGCUCCUGAUUGGCGAUUCUGGUGUUGGAAAGUCUUGUCUCCUCCUUCGAUUUGCAGAUGACACAUAUACGGAAAGCUAUAUUAGUACCAUCGGUGUGGACUUCAAGAUCAGGACCAUAGAACUGGAUGGAAAGACCAUUAAACUUCAAAUUUGGGAUACGGCUGGUCAGGAACGGUUCCGCACCAUCACAUCCAGUUACUACAGAGGAGCUCAUGGCAUUAUAGUAGUUUAUGAUGUCACAGAUCAGGAGUCCUUCAAUAAUGUAAAACAGUGGCUACAGGAGAUUGACCGCUACGCAAGUGAGAAUGUCAACAAGCUCCUAGUAGGCAACAAGUGUGACCUGACAACAAAGAAAGUGGUGGACUAUACUACAGCCAAGGAAUUUGCCGACAACUUGGGGAUCCCGUUCCUGGAGACGAGUGCCAAGAGUGCCACCAACGUGGAGCAGGCCUUCAUGACUAUGGCAGCAGAGAUCAAGAAGAGGAUGGGUCCUGGGGCCACAGCAGGUGCUUCGGAGAAGUCCAAUGUCAAGAUCCAGAGCAAGCCAGUCAACACGUCCUCUGGAGGCUGCUGCUAAGACUCCUCAGCUACAAGCUCCACCCACUCAGACACCCUUCGACCAAUCUGUAAAAGUAACUAUGCUCCACAGGGAUAGAAUACCACAGAGAGAGGGAGAGAGUUGACUUUUACUGGACCCGUUUGUAAUUGUGUGUGCAACAAUACCAGACACCCUCCCUUCCCCCAAGCAAUAGGACAGCCCAUCCACAUGCACAGAGCCCAUUGGGUGGAAUUUUUGCAUAACUUACCAAACUGCACACACAUACCAGUAAAACGAGGCUCAAUAUGUAUACAGCAUUUUUUUAACAGCCCAGUGUGAUGUAAUCCAUUGACAGAAAACACAAGUAUACAGCUUCUUUUCCUUUUUUGCUUGACUCUUUCCUUCAGGUUUGGUAGACGAGUCUUUUUGUAAAAAAAAAAAAACAAAAAACAAAAGAAAAGAAAAAAGAAAGAAAAAGGUUGUUAUUUCUUCCUUUGACUGGAUAACAGCAUGACCUUUGACCUGAUUCUCCUCAGAUGAAUUAAUGAGCACUUCAAAUGAAGCACAUGCUUAAACCAGCAUCAUGCAUUUUAGCAGAACCGGUUACAUGCGCUCUCUCAAUUCAUCUCGAAAGCCCCCCUUUGUUUCACGUGGUCCAACUUCACAAUGUUGCCCCCCUCUGCAAAAAAGAAGAAAAAAAAUGUGCCAGUGCCUUUUGUGGCAGCAGUUUUACAUGAUGUUAUGCCUUUGGUGCACUUUGUGGUUGGCAUAUCCCCCCCCCCCCAUGCCCACAUUCAUGUCUAGCUCCUCUAUCAUCCAGAACUGACUUAGUGUGAAGUCCUCUGGAAUAUCAUGUAAAUACUUGGCUACGUGUGUGCUCUGCUGGUAUAUAUAAGACAUAAGCAUGUGCUGCAUUGGAAAGUGUGAUGUUGGUGUGUAUUGCUCUGCUAAUGUUUCUCAAUCAACAGCACAACGACAACAGAAAAAUCCAUGAUCCGAGCUAUGAGCAUAAAGUAUAAACUGUAUAUAUUUAUACAUAAAUGUAAGAAAUGAUUUGCAAAUUCUGUAGAGAAACAAGUGAAAUGAUAAUAAAUAGGUGGAAUUGGUGAACUCGGCACGUGAUAUCUGUGGCUGUGGACAUGACAUUUUUGUGGCAGUGUCUACCAUUAAACAGUGAAGGAGAUCUUUGAUAACUGGUGGCUGUUUGGGGUUUUUUGUUUUUUUUUCUUCUAAUUGCUGUUUCUUAACACUGUCUGAAUGCUUGUGUAGCCUUUAUUUCAACAGCCGUUUUCUGUCUUCCUCUUCCACAGGCUGGCAGGAGCGGUGAUCUUUGGCCUAGAUUUAGUUGCAGUUAAGGGUGCUGUUUCACAUAUCUGCUUGUGUUUUCAAUGUCUCUCUGAUCACAGUCUGUUGCCUUUUUUUUUCCUUGGGUCGCACUAUACCUUUUCUCCUCUGUAACGACUAUCUGUAAAGUGACCUCCGUUAAGUUAUGUACAUUGAAGAUAAACACUGUGAUAUAACUGGAAGUGGCACAAGUGCCAGCUCACCACGUGGAGUGACGUGCAGUUACAGCCACUGUGCUGUGGAAGGCAGUGUUCCUGAACUGACGUUACUCUCACCUAUAAGUAAUGUUUCCGCAAUUUACAGAAACCCAAAGUUGCAUUGUUCUUGGUUUGUCAUCGUGCUGUACAUUAAAUAAAACAAGGGCUUACUUACAAACACA